CGGACUUAAUGGCCUUAAACCUCAAGGUUAGGUGAGAGGCGUAAAUACUGUGGAGAGAUUUGUCCUGGUGCGAACUUGACAGACGCAAAGACCAAUCACUAAUUAUUCGAACUUGUUAUAUACCCACGAAUACGAGACCAAGGAAGAACACGAUAGCGUAGUCGGAUGGAAUAGUAUAUUUGGAUGGUUAUGCCAAAAUACCGAUGCGUUCCAACUAACUGGCUAGAGAGUCGAAUACGAGCAAUGCAACGUAACACGACAGCGUGCCAAAUGGCCAGGAUGCUUGACCGGAUGCCUUCAGCUUAGCGAGUCCAGUUAAACUAUCAAGUAGCUGUCCCCUUUUUUUAACUUGCCUCAACGAAGAAUCCUACGCCCAGGAAUGCUUGCAUUUUUAAUUUUAUUGCUGGCUGUUUACCUAAUUAUUAUUGUACCGAAAUGGCUUGUCCAAUACAGAAAAUCUGUUGUACGCAGUGAUCUGGCGAAGAAAUAUGGAGUUUCAGCUAAUCACAAGAUAGUUGCUUUCUUCCAUCCAUAUUGUAAUAGUGGUGGUGGAGGUGAACGUGUUCUCUGGAUUGCAGUUAAGUGCAUGCUAGAAAAGUAUAAAAAUAUCAUAGUUGUUAUUUACACCAAUGAUACCGACUGUCUUACAAAUUCUGUUAACGUGUUGCAUAAUAUCAAAAAAGUGUUUGGAGUAUCUAUCAAUUCAUCUGGUUCUCCUGCUAUACAUUUUGUUCCAUUGAAGUCACAGUUCUUACUAACACCAAAAGUGUAUCGUGUGUUUACACUAGCUGGUCAAGCUUUCGGAUCUAUACUUGUUGGAUUGGAAGCUGUAUUCAGAUGCCCACCAGAUGUCUAUAUUGAUACUACAGGAUUCGCUUUUACAAUGCCUUUAACCAAAUGGUUAAGUAAUUCACUGACAGCUGCCUAUGUCCAUUAUCCAACUAUAUCUUCGGACAUGUUACAGCGUAUUUCGUCUUCAUUUUCUUGGAACAAUAAAAAUCGAACAGUUUUAACUUAUAAUAAUGCUGCAUGGAUAAGAAAUAGUAAAAUCUUUUCUAGUAUCAAAGUUUUAUACUACAAAUUUUUUAUCAGUGCAUAUAGAUUUGCUGGUUCAAGUAGAAAUAUUGAUGUUGUAAUGACAAAUUCAUCAUGGACUCAAAGACACAUCCAAUCUCUCUGGGGUGGGAAACCUACUGUACUUUAUCCUCCAUGUCCUACAGAGGAUUUAACGAAUAAGUUACUGAAUCAACAACGAAACAAGUGGAUCCUAUCUGUUGGCCAGUUUAGACCGGAGAAAAAUCAUCAGCUCCAGUUAGAUGCAUUUCAUCGUUUCCUCAAUCGACAGACACUAACCAAAGAAAAUAAUGAACAGUUAUUCAAACUAUGUUUAAUAGGUGGUUGCCGAGAUGCUGAAGAUUGUGCUCUUGUUUUAAAACUCAAAGAACAUGCUGCUGCAUUGAAUCUUGGUGAUGUUGUAGAAUUCCAUAUUAAUCUACCUUACCAGGAAUUAAAAACUUAUUUUAGCCACUGCUCUGUUAAUCUACAUACUAUGGUGGAUGAGCAUUUCGGAAUCGGUAAGCAUACAUAUUCAUUUUUGUAUUGUAAAAGCGGUUCCGCUGACAAAUAGUCUAAUAACUUCCAUAAAAGUAUCAAAGUUUGUUUUUGAGCAGAAGCUAAGUGCACAGUUGGUUUGCUUUUCCCCCCAUAACGUGUCAAGAUUAGCUGCUUUUUUGAUUUUGCACAAUACCUGACAAGUGGGUCGCAUUGCGUUUAAUGUUGUCGUUAUCAAUUUCGCAUAGUAAAUACUGUUGACAAUUUUUUUCUGGUGUUGGUAUUCUGUUUCUAUUUCAAGUAAUACGUCGUUAUUGCUCAGGAGUCAUUGAUCUUGUUAAAGCUAUACAUAUGACCAUUAUAUCGAUCACCGGUGGGAUAUUAAUGAUGAUUGUAGAUAGUACUUAGAAGUUCUAAUGCAGCUUAAUCACUAAAUGUAACUCAGUACGUUAGUAUUCAAGUUGUGUUAACCUGUUGUGCAAAUGUCAUGAGACGGAACAGGAUUUGAACUUGUUAUUUACUGUUUGAAAGUCGGUUACAUAGUCAGUUUUCCUUCAGACUCUCCAAACAAUUCCUAGCCGAAAUCCGUUCAGCAUUCUUUCGUCGGGCAAUGAGGUGUACCUAUUAUGUGGGCGCUAGCGAUACUAUGUGGCUGCCGAGACCUUGGCAGGUAGAGCAAUGUUCAGACUUGUGACCCAUUAGUUGAAAGUUAUCUCCCUAAAGCAGUGAGCCACAGCUCCACUACAAACAGUUAGUAGGCUUAGAGGUGGUUAGCUUAUUACCAAGUCUUUUGAAGUUUUCAGGGAGCUGUCAAUUCCUUUACCACAAUGUGAAUUCUAUUUAUCUAAUUAGGUGAUUUGUUACAAGGCGAAAAUUGAUAUCUGGCUGCAAAAAAAUUGUCUGAUAAUCAACCGAGUAUCUACGAUUUUUAAUGUUUUAGAUAGAGUAUUUCAAAGAAGUAUUUAGCAGUUAAGAAAUGCUGAUGACUACAAACUGACAAAAUCAGCGUAGGACCUCGCACAGGUGCAUCGGCUCAAGUUGCCACGCUAAAAAUACGGAUAGGGUUUUCUUAUGUGUAAUUUGAUAGAUUGCUUUUUUUCCAAUCAACUUAUCUUUAGUACUUCGGGAAGCAAGUUUCUUGUGUAACGACUGAAUACUUUAUGAAGUAUCAUUAUUCUCUGUAAAUGUUAGUCAUAUGGAAGUAUCAUAUUCAUUGACGAGCGCAAAACGAAAUGUUUGAUAAAGGGACAAUUGGCAGUUAUAAAAGCCAUCAACUAUUCUAUUGUCUUUUCUUCUUAGUUGGAUUAUGUUGGUCGAUUACUAAUGGACUUUUACACACAUUUUAAUGGUUUACUUGUAAGUAGUAGUACAGUAUGCAGUAUAGAGGAUUCAUGACCCCUAAGUGUCAACUUUCUGUAAGAUUGGUUAAAUUUUCCUUUUUUCUUUAGGGCACGUAUUCAUAUAUUUCAUGAAACAAGCUCUUUGAACUUUUUGGUCUAAUAAAAUACUACUCAGGAGGGUACAAUUUGCAGUUAAUUAAGGUAUUGUGGAAGGCAUGGCUUCAGGGCUUAUCACAGUUGCUCAUAGAUCAGGUGGUCCGCUUACUGAUAUUAUUGGACCUUCAGAAAGCAGUACAUCAUCCAGUCAGUUGGAAAGAUCAGAUGUUGGAUUUCUUGCAUCCACAGCUGAUGAAUAUGCAGACAUUUUCGAGUUGAUACUACUGAAGAUGUCAGAACCACAAAUUAAUGUCAUACGCCAGAAUGCUGUUAAGUGGGUACGUGAAAAGUUCUCUGAGGAUUGUUUUACCAGUGGUUGGAUUGAUCAAAUGAAUUUACUUGGCUUGGAGUUAAUCUCUUCAUGAAAAGAGUGUUUUGUCAUAUUUCUCAAAAUAUGCUUUCUUCUUAUAUCAGAUUAUCUAUUUUAGAACUUUUGACGGUUUCAAAGUGAGAAAAUGUGAUUUUUUUCCUGUUUUGUUUUCAAUAGUGAAAUAACUACUUCCUGUUUCCGCAAAGAUUAUAUUUUUCUGUAAAAAUUGAAUAAUGUGUCUUAUUAUUAAUGGGUUUGGUUAUCUCGUGUUUAUUGAUUUCGUCAUUGAAUUGACUUAUAGACCACUUA